GCGUCAUCAGCCAGCGCGGCGGCCGCUCCCGCAGCCGCGGCCGCUGCCACUGCCCGGAGCUCCAUGGGCUUCUCCUGCGCGCCGCCCGGUGUCUGGCGGAGUCCAGCGAGCCGCGGCGCCUCGUGCCAGGGAGCCAUCACAGCAGCCUGGGGCCGGGUCCCAGGUUGGGGGCUGCGGGAGGAGGCGGCGGCGGCGGCAGCAGGAGCCCCUUUGGGGGCCUGGGACUGGGGAACUGCCUCCGGCUUCACGAUGCCAGUAUGGACAGAAUAGCUUAUGAUGCUUAUCCCCACCCACCACUUCCGAGACAUUGAGCGGAAACCAGAAUACCUCCAGCCGGAGAAGUGUGUCCCACCACCCUACCCUGGUCCUGUGGGAACCAUGUGGUUUAUCCGUGAUGGCUGUGGCAUUGCCUGUGCCAUUGUCACCUGGUUUCUGGUCCUCUACGCGGAGUUUGUGGUCCUCUUUGUCAUGCUGAUUCCAUCCCGAGACUACGUGUACAGCAUCAUCAACGGAAUUGUGUUCAACCUGCUGGCCUUCUUGGCCCUGGCUUCCCAUUGCCGGGCCAUGCUGACGGACCCCGGGGCAGUGCCCAAAGGAAAUGCCACAAAAGAGUUCAUCGAGAGUUUACAGCUGAAGCCAGGGCAGGUGGUGUACAAGUGUCCCAAGUGCUGCAGCAUCAAGCCCGACCGAGCCCACCACUGCAGUGUUUGUAAGCGGUGCAUUCGCAAGAUGGACCACCACUGUCCCUGGGUCAAUAACUGUGUCGGCGAGAACAACCAGAAGUACUUCGUCCUGUUUACAAUGUACAUAGCUCUCAUUUCCUUGCACGCCCUCAUCAUGGUGGGAUUCCACUUCCUGCAUUGCUUUGAAGAAGAUUGGACAACCUAUGGACUGAACAGGGAAGAAACAGCAGAGGCCCGAAACUCUCUUCAUGCAAAAAGGGAGUCCCCUAAAGUCAGUUCCACAGAGUGCAGCUCCUUCUCUCCACCCACUACGGUGAUCCUCCUCAUACUGCUGUGCUUUGAGGGGCUGCUCUUCCUCAUUUUCACAUCAGUGAUGUUUGGGACCCAGGUGCACUCCAUCUGCACGGAUGAGACGGGCAUUGAACGCCUCAAACGAAAGAAUCAACCCAGGACGCACACAGGCAGCUGGCAGUCGGUGAAAGAGACCUUUGGUGGGGACCUCUCCCUGAACUGGCUCAACCCCUUCUCCAGACCAUGUCAGCCAGAGAUCCCCAUUAAUAAGGACUUGGUGCGGCAGGUGGCGUCGCUGACGGACACCGACUACACGGAGACAACGGAGGAGCCGUCAGAGGAGACGAAGGACGAGGACUCUCUGGAGGUGAUAGAUGAAUAGAUGCUGCUGUGGGGAGUGACCAAACACAGCGCGUGUCCACUGACCUUCCUACUGGGUUUCUGGCUGUAGGGGCUCACGGGCAUGAUGCUGCCAGCACCCCAGUGCUCCCCUCGGCCCUCUCUUGCCUGCUGCCCAUGUUUUUGGGGGAGGAUGGCCUGGGGACAGCAGAGGAAGGUGGAAGACCUUUGCUAAGAGAGGUGUCUGCCUGAGGAAGUCUUCCUGAGAAGUCUUCCUGAGUUUGCUAAGAAGAGUCUUUCCUGAGAAGGAGCUGUUCCCCAAGGCUGGGCAGCUUUCACAGCUCUGUCCAGCAAAGGGAGCCUGACCAGGGCAGCAAAGGGCUUUCCCUGAGCCUUCCUUGAGAUGCCUGUCUAAUCCUGAAAAAGGCUCCCUCUCUGCCUAUUGAAAUUAGGAGGAAGAUGUGGCUGCCACAUCUACCUUCAGGGGGUCAGUGAGAGAAAGCUAUACACGCACACAGGGGCACAUGCCCAACGUGGACAUGAGCCUGAGUUAGGAUGGUAGCACCAAAAAUUAGUUCCCAUUCCAAAGACACUGGAAUCUUCAUGGAGUCAGCUUGGAGCUGUCCCACCUUGUGGCUGCACAUCUAUCCACUCAACAGGUGUGGGUAGGAGAAAGACUUAUUGAGAGGUACUGGGGACUCAUUAACAUCCCCCCAUGAGAACUUAAUUUAACUUUCCCUCUCAGAGGGAAUCCCACAGCACACAUGGGUAGAACUGACCAGAAAUCCUACCUGUGUGUUUUAGGCCAGUUUUCUCAAGACGAUGCCCAUCUUGUCUCUCUGAAACGAUGAGUGAUGGCCAGGGCCUGCAGAUUGAUGAACCAGGAAGACAGACAGAGACAGACACACACAUUCUACCAGGAUAACCUGGACCCUAGUCACCCCAUUUGAGCCUGGGGAGUCCGUGAGCAAGGCCGAAGGACUGAACAGAGGUCCUGGUGCUCCUGAACCCCAUUCCAGUGUUUGUUUCUGUACCAAGUCCAACAGAAGGGUUCAUAUCCCGAUUUAGUGUAAGAAAUGGAUCCCCUCCCCCAGUCCUCGCUUAGGCCUCCAUUCUUCUCUUUGGCCCAUUCCCCCUGUGGGCUGGCAUCAAUGGAAGGCACAGGCACCAGGCAGAGCCUACCCAUGCCCGACCUCUGUGUGAGGGCCCCACUUCCAGCUCCAGACAAAGGGCCUGCAUCUUGGCCUAAAGGGGCCUACUGCACCAGUUCAGUGGGGAAGGUCAGUGCUAGGAGGUACAGCCUCUGGACUCUGAGAAAGGAGGGAGAGCCCAGGGGACAGCACUCUCGGGCAUUCCGUGAAGGGUGAUGACUCUGGGAAUCCCCAGACUCCAGGGCAUUGCUCAGAGAGGCCACUGCUCACAAAGCCUCCUCAGCCUAAUCUUGCUCAAAACUUUCUGGUGUGUCCAUGCCGGAAGUGUGAUGGCCGGACUCCAGCACUAACGGGGAACCUGGAAGGCUGCAGCCUCCAUAGCCAUUCUGCAGGCCCCAUUUCUUGGUCCAUAUCAGCUUGAAUAUUUAGCGAUAAUGACAUAAGGAGCCCAAGUCAGCUCUAAAGACAGUUAACUGGUUUGGAGCCAGAGAGGAAUGCAGUGCCAGCCCCCUGGGGUCAGGAGGCAGCAGUCAGAAUAAGGGAAAAGGGUUUUCCAGUCACUGUUUUCUAACAUUGGCCUCUGUGCUGAGUUCGGGCGCAAGGACAGAGGGGUCUGCAAAUCCUCAUGGCCCUUGAGAAAUGUCCUUUCACAUUGGGUUAAAACUGCUCCUCCUAGGGGCCAGCUUGGCCUGAAAGCAGAAGUACUGACCAGCCCCAAAGCCAAUCCUGUUUUCAGACUGGCUGCUGUAGCAUGGAAAGUUGGGGUAGAGAGGUGGACUGUGCCUCUCCUUGCACCAACCCCACCUCCAUGCUAGACCUCAGCCACAUCCAUCAGUCCUGUUCCAGGAGGCACUGAACUGGAUCUCAGCUGGGGUUAAGUGGGUAAUAACCAGUCCAAUAUCCUGAGCCCUGUCCCCCCAUGCCAGUGACACAGUGGCCUUCUUUCUGUGGCAGCUGUUGACAGCAUAACAUUCUUCUGCUUAGCCUUAAACUGCAAGUACUGCAACUGAUGUCAAAACAAGAUGAAGACUGGUAGGGAAGGAGGCUGGGUGCAAACCUUCGCCUCUUUGUUUGAAUAAAAAGCUCUU